AUGGCUAGUCGCCACGAAGACGAUCUUGCUCCAUCCAAGACCGAAGGCUUCAAGGUCGGGGAGAAGAAGACAUUGGAUGAAUAUGCUAAGCUAGAUCAAGAAGAUGAAGCUCUCAAUCGAUGGAAGGCAUCACUAGGUCUAGGAUCAGGUAAAACCGUCGGAGAUCCCAACGACCCUCGCAAAUGUGUCAUCAAAUCUCUUGCUCUGGUACGGCCUCCUCCCUUCUAUUGCCAUAUCCACCGUGCUAAACAAGGUCACUUCCAGGAAGUCCAAGGUCGACCCGACAUCACUAUUGACCUCUCCGCUCCUGGCGCUGUUGAAACUCUCAAAAACAAGCCAUUCACCAUCAAGGAAGGCUGUAGGUACCAGAUGAAAGCCAUCUUUGUUGUUCAACAUGAAGUGCUCAGUGGACUCAAGUAUGUUCAAGCUCUAAAGCGAAAAGGCAUCCGGGUCGGCAAGGACGAGGAGAUGAUUGGAAGCUAUCCACCAAAUACCACUGACAAGCCGACGUACGAGAAGAAAUUUGCUCCAGAAGAGGCUCCGAGCGGCAUAAUGGCAAGAGGCCACUACGACGCUGUGAGCAAAUUCAUCGACGACGAUGAUGUUACUCACCUGAAGUUUGAAUGGUCAUUCGACAUCACCAAAGAUUGGAAAUGA